AUGUUGCCUAUUAAGCCUCACCUAGUCUACCUGCCUCUUUUCAUUUCCUGCCUUUUCGGCUGCCAGCAAAUGGAGACCCCAUCCGACUUCCAGAUGCCCGGGGAUUAUAUCAUCGCAGGAUUCUUCUCCAUCCACUCUAUCUACAACGAAGUCAGAUUCAAACCUGAGGUGACCCUGUGUGAGAGGUCCGAGAGCUUCAAUGGCCAUGGGUACCACCUCUUCCAGGCCAUGAGGUAUGCCAUAGAGGAGAUCAACAACUCCAGCUCUCUGCUUCCCAACAUCACUCUGGGCUACGAACUCUAUGAUUCAUGUUCAAAGUCUGCCAAUUUGUACGCUGCACUGAGUGUUAUUUCCCAGCCCAGAAGCAAUCAUAUCAAGGUUCCUGAAACCUUCUUUAACUAUUACCCCAAGGCAGUGGCAGUGAUUGGGCCAGAUAGCACCGAUAUGACCUCUCUAUCUGCAUCCCUACUGAGCACAUUCUUGAUCCCCCAGAUCAGUUAUGAGACAACCAGUGUGAUGUUCAGCAAUAAGGAGAAUUACCCUUCCUUCCUGCGCACGAUCCCCAGUGACAAGCACCAGGUUCAGAUGAUCAUGGUGCUGCUGAAGACUUUUGGCUGGUCUUGGAUCUCAGUGAUCGGCAGUGAUAAUGACUAUGGUUCGCAGGGGUUGCAGAUGCUGGAGGACUUGACCACUGAACAGGAAAUCUGCAUUGCCUACAAGGAUUUUGUGCCCGUGUCAGCUGAAGCCGAUGAUGACACCAUGAAGAAUAUGAUGCUGUCCCUUAAAGAGUCUGGUGCCCAGGUGGUGGUCGUCUUCUGUGAUAAAAGGACGGCCCACAUCUUCUUUAAGGCUGUGGUGCUGAGGAAUGUGACUGACAAGGUGUGGCUAGCCACAGAAGCCUGGUCCCUCUCCACUUACAUCACACAGGUGCCUGGCAUUUCAAGGAUUGGCACGGUGAUUGGGGUAGCUAUCCAGCAGAGACAGGUCCUUGGAAUAAAGGAAUUUGAAGAGGCCUACACCCAGGCUAAGAAGACCUCAAACCCAUCAGUCAAUCCUGCACAGGAUGGGGACGAUCAGAUCUGCAAUCAACAACUGUCUUUUAUGAUGGAGAUCGACUCUGAGUUGAGUGAAUCUUCCAUGAACGCAGCCUACAAUGUGUAUACUGCUGUGUAUGCUGUGGCCCAUGGGCUACACCAGCUCCUGGGCUGCCCCUCAGGAGUCUGCAAUGCCAGUAGGAUCUAUCCUUGGCAGCUGUUGGAGGAGAUCAAGAAGGUGAAUUUCAUGCUGCAUGGAAACCCUGUGUCCUUUGAUGAGAAUGGCGAUCCUGUCACUGGAUACGAUUUUGUUACAUGGGAUUGGAAUGGCCCUAACUGGACCUUCAAAAUCAUUGGAGCUUCCACACAGUACCCGGUUCACUUGCAUAUAGAUGUGACAAAGAUCCGCUGGCACAGAGGGGAAAAUCAGGUGCCUCCUUCUGUGUGCUCUGAGGAGUGUCCGGCAGGAGAGGCACGAAGGAUCCUGGGGCUACACCACUGCUGCUUUGAAUGUGUGCGCUGUGCAGCUGGGACCUUCCUCAACAGCAGCAACCAGUACACUUGCCAGCCCUGUGGGAAAGAAGAAUGGUCCCCAGCAGGCAGCCAGACCUGCUUCAGCCGCACUGUUGAGUUCCUGGCCUGGAACCAUCCCGUCUCUGUGGUGCUCAUAGGGGCCAACACACUGCUGCUGCUCCUGUUGGCAGGGGUGGCUGGCCUGUUUGCCCGGCACCUGGACACACCCGUGGUGAGAUCGGCCGGGGGCAGGAUGUGCUUCCUCAUGCUGGGCUCGCUGGCAGGCGCUGGAUGCAGCCCCUACUGCUUCCUCGGGGAGCCAACGGCCCUCACCUGCCUACUUCGGCAGACGGUUUUUGCCCUGGGCUUCGCUGCUUUCCUAUCUUGCUUAACUGUACGCUCCUUCCAGCUGCUCUUCAUCUUCAAGUUGUCAGCCAAGAUGCCCACCUUCUACCAUUCCUGGGUGCAGAACCACGGGCCCAGGACCUUUGUGGUGGUGAGCUCAAGUCUCCAGCUUCUCAUAUGUAUCAUAUGGUUGGUGGCGUGGACCCCUGUACCCACCAAGGAGUAUAAGCACUUCCCAGAGUUGGUGAUGCUGGAAUGUUCCCAGGGAAGCUCUCCAGGUUUUAUACUGAGCAAUAUCUACACUGUACUACUCUCAGUCAGCUGUUUUACCUCUAGCUACGUGGGCAAGGAUCUGCCUGAGAACUACAAUGAGGCCAAGUGCAUCACCUUCAGCCUGCUCCUCUACUUUGUCUCCUGGAUUGGCCUCACCACCACUACCGCUGUCUACCAUGGCAAAUACCUGCCCGCCAUCAAUGCAUUGGUCAUCAUGAGCAGCCUCAGUGGUGUUUUCAGUGGCUAUUUCCUCCCCAAGUGCUAUGUCAUCCUCUGCCGUCCAGACCUCAACACCACUGAGUAUUUCCAGGCCUCUAUCCAAGACUACACACAGCGCUGCAGCUCCCCCUGA